AUGCCUGGCAAGACAGCUACCCCGCCACGCAUAACAAAAUUUACUAACUGCCGGAUUAUUCGCGGCAAUCAACUCGUUGAACAAGAUGUCUGGAUUGACUCUCUAUCUGGAAAGAUUCUUCGAGAUCAGGAGGCCUUUUAUGAAUUGCACAUGUCUCCCGACGAGGUUCUCGAUCUUGGUGGCCGAAUCCUCGCUCCAGGUCUUAUCGACGUGCAGUUAAACGGUGCCCAGGGAUUUGACUUUUCUGUCCCAAAAUCUUCAAAAGAGGAAUAUGAUGAAGGGUUGCGCAUGGUCAACAAGGGCCUCGCCAAAACCGGUGUGACAUCAUAUCUCCCAACCGUCGUUAGUUCAACACCAGAGGUAUAUUGGAAAGUCCUCCCAUCGUUAGGUCCUUCUGGAGCCAAGCAUCGAGCAGAAGAUGGUGCAGAGUCGCUGGGUGCCCAUGUAGAGGGUCCAUUUAUUAGCCCCGGCCGCAAUGGCAUCCACAAGACUGAUGUUUUGCGUGCCGCGAAGAGUUUUGAAGAUGUUGUUGGCUGCUAUGGCAAGGAAAACAUGUUCGGACCGUCAAAAACUGUAAGAAUGAUCACGGCUGCCCCCGAGGUGGGCAGCAUGGUCAACAAUAUUCCCAACCUGACCGCCCAAGAUAUCAUCUAUUCAAUUGGACAUUCCGAUGCAACAUAUGAGCAAGCCAUGAGCGCCACCAAACAAGGCGCGACCAUGAUUACCCAUCUUUUCAACGCCAUGCGGCCCUUCUACCAUCGCAACCCUGGCGUGUUCGGUCUUCUGGGUCAAAAUGAACACCGCCGACCUUUCUAUGGUGUCAUCGCCGAUGGCAUCCAUCUCCACCCCACCUCAAUUCGCAUUGCGUACAACGCCCAUCCGAACGGUCUGAUCCUCGUGACUGACGCUAUGAAGCUGUGCGGUCUCCCGGAUGGUGUCUACGAUUGGACCAACGGAGAGCGCAUUGUCAAGACCGGGGCACGGUUGACACUUGAAGGCUCCGAUAAGAUUGCAGGCAGCUCUGCCACUCUCAUUGAAUGUGUGAACAACUUCCGCCGAUGGUCGGGUGCGUCAACUGCGGAGGCCCUGAAUGCGGCUACUGCCACACCCGCACGUCUCCUGGGACUUGAAGGUGUCAAGGGAACAUUGGACUGUGAUGCAGAUGCAGAUCUGGUCGUUCUAACUGACGCACCAGAUCCUUAUUCCGGACCAACCUUGACAAUCGAUCAAGUCUGGAAACGCGGCGUCAAAAUUUAUGAUGCUGAGAAAGAAGCUACCAACAGUAGGGUUUAA